UUAAAUAUAUUCUGUUUUAGAUAAACGCAACUUUGUAUGCAGAGUUCAUUUAGAUCGGAUAACUAUAAAUAUUAAAUAUGGCUGCAUGGGAAUAUGAUGCACCAAAUUUUGUGGAUUUUGAUGCUUCGUGUGACUCAGUUGAUGAUGCAGAAGCAUAUUUUAAUAGAAGACACAGUCAUGAAUAUGGUGGAAUACCAAUCAACUAUGAAGAUGAAAGUGAAAGUAUUCCAGUGGAACCAGAAAUGACACAAAUUUUAUCAAAUCCAGACCCAGUAGAUAAUCCCACAGAAGAAAAGGACAUUUGUGAUCAAAAUAAAGAACUAGAAGAAAAUAUACCUUCAACAAACCAUGAAGCUGCUGAGGAAGUUAAUAUUGUAAAUAAAGCGGAUUCUACAAGUUUAAUUAAACCAGAUCAAAGUCAAUCAAUCCAAGUUCUAGAAAAUCAGGAGAUUGCUGUUGAACACACUGGAGAAAAGGACCACCAUGAUGAAAAUAAUCAAGUGAAAAGUGAAAUAAACACAACAUCAGAAUGUGACAAUGGGGAAGUUGAUCCUGUGGAUAAAGUGGAUUCUGCUGCUGAUGAACAAGUAACUCUUAAAAAAGAUCUAAAGCAGAACACUGUUAAAGAGUCAAAAAAACCUGAUGAAGAUAUAAAGCAAAAGGUGGCGGAAGAACCAAUCAAAUCUGAAGAUCUAAACCAGAACGCUGUUGAAGAAUCAAUAAUACAUGAAGAAGAUUUGAAGCAGAAGUUACAAAUGCAGCAUGAAAGUGGGGAGGUGGCUAUUUCUGAAGUUACAAUAAAACAAGAAUGCAUUAAACUCUCCAUACCAGCUGUUCAAGACAUUAAACUACAAAGUGACAAUAUAAAUACAAAAGAAGAAAGUGUUACACCCUCUGAGGUUGACACAAGUGAAAAAAAGGCUUAUUCCAAUAUAAUGACUCCAAGCCGACUUGCUUCGUGGAAUACUGCAAAACCCAAAGUUGUACCAAAAGCAAAACUUGUAAAAAGUGCACCCAAGAAAUCAGCUACACCAAACGCCCCAAAGCCACAAUUGAGAAGAAGUAUUCGAAAUACUGACAACAUUUACAAAACUCCAGAACCUCCUAUAAAGAAGAAAAAACUAAACAAUGAACCCAAGAAAAACAAUCAUAAAAGAAUCUUAACAAGUGAAGAGAGACAGUUAGAGGAAGUAAAGUGUGCAAAGGAGAAGGCACAACAAAUAAAACACGAUUCUGAAAUGUCGCUAAAGAAAAUCAGAUCAAGACGAAUGCCAUCUUGGAACAUGAAAACAAAACCAAGUCUAACUGUUCCUAAAGAGUUUCAGUUUAAAACAACUGACCGAGCUACCAAAGCUCAUCCGAUGUCAACAAGAUCAGACUCUGCAGCUUCUUCUUCAAAUGAUUUCAUGAAAGACUUAAGAAAACAUAAUCCUUCACCUCACAAACUAAAACCUACAGUGGUGAAGCCUUUUCAUUUCUCUGAUGAUAAUAAAAAAGCAAAAAGAAAGCUUGAGAGGGAUGCUGACCAUGGUUCAGCGUUUGUACCAAUGGCUGCGGUGAUCAGAGAUUUUCAUAAGUCAACUCCAAAACGCUUCAGAGCCCGUAAUGAAAAUGUUCCCCUUGCCAAAAAUGGUCCCAUGAAAGCGCUUAAAGUGACAAUCCCAAAAACUCCUCAUUUCUCGAAAAUUAGGAGUCGUCCAAUUGCAACUAUGAGUGCAAAGGAAAAAGAAGAACUGGAAGUUCAAGAAAUGAAAAACUACCAGUUUAAAGCCAAAGAAGUCAGCAACACAGAGGUUACACUUAAAAAAGUGGAAAAGAAACCAUCGACAGUACCUGUUGAAUUCAAUCUUCAUACUGAAAAUCGUACUUCAAAGCAAGAGGAUCAUGAAAUAAAACAGAAACCAUUCAAAGCUCGGCCAGUUCCUGUAGCCAUAUUGGAAAAACCAACCGGAAUCAAAGAGAAACAAGUGGCUGAAGUUACGAUUCCUCAAAGUCCAGCGUUUGCACUGAAACACAGGAUCAAACCACCGCCAGUUGUACCGGACAAGAAUUCCACAAAGCCCACAUAUUACCACCCUCCCCCCAUCUUCGGUGUUCCAUUCAUGCCUAAAGUUGUUUCAACUAAACUAGAAGUGAAACCAUUUUCCUUUGACAAAUCUGACAAAGAACGAUUUGCUAAGAAACAGGAAAAAAUAAAGCAACAAAAAGAAAAAGAGGCAGAGGUUGCCGUGUUCACUGCAAACCCCGUGCCUUCCACAAUCACUCAUGCAGAACCCGUUUUAGCAAACAAAAAAAGCAAGGAACCAACAAAAGCCAAACCUUUCAACCUGGAAACUGACCAUAGAGCUGCAAAUCGGGCUGAAAAAUGGAGCAAGAAUGUCGAGGAUGAAGUACAGCAACUACGUGACAAAACACUAUUCAAAGCAAACACCGAUAUCGAUGUUGUUCUGAAAAAACCAUGGAAGCCAAAAAAAUUAAGCAGAGACCCAGUCGACACAAUUGCUAUGGAUCCGCAUUUACAUUCCGAUGAGCGGGCAAAAGAAAGAAGACUUUUUGACGAAAAACUUGCAUUUGAAAAGCAGCAGAUGGCUAAAUUGUUGGAGGAACAAAAAAAGAAACAAGAGUUGCAGGACAAAGAAGAGAUCGCUCGACUCCGUAAGAGCAUGGAACACAAGGCAUCAGAGAUCAAGCAUUAUAAAACUGUCACAGUUGCUCUGAGUGAAAAGAAAUUGACAGAGCCACAUUCUCCUCACUUUUCAACAAGAUUUAAGAAGUGAAGAUCCCUAUUUUUGUACAUAGCAACUUCUUGUACAUGCAUGCGUUAACUGAUAAACUGAACUUUAUCUUCUGCUUGGUAAAAAAUAACAACAUGUACAUAGUUUGUAAUAUUGUUACAAUUUAUCUGUGUGUAGGGGCAUUUUUAACAGUUGGUUUUUAAUUUCAUGCUCUAAACACACCAUUUUCAAAACCUCUUACUAAUUCAGCGCACAUUCAUGAACUUUCACAAAUUAUCCUGCCUUAGUGUCUAAAAUUGAUAAAAGCAAUUUUAUUUAUUAGAUUUUAUUCUUUGAAAGUACUGAAACACAAUUCUUGCAUAGGCUACUGUACGGAAAUAUUUAACAUAUAUAUACAUACACAUCAAGCAGGGUUUAAAGUUUUACAAAAGUAGUAAAAUAAUAAAAUUAAGGUGCAGGGGGCUUUGGAAGAAAGACUUGUCUCUGCAAUUUUUGAUUAAUAUCAUUUAAAACAAUAGCUGAAAGUAGGUGUUGCUCUUUUGUUUCGCUUGUUGGCUGUGUUGAUGAUUCGUCCUGAAACAAAGUUUUAUAUGGGUAUGUCCCAAUACAUUCUUGUCAAUAAACCGCAGUUAAAAGCAA